AUAACCACUGGCUGUUUCUGCAACAAACCCACCCCCACAUUGCUUUGAUAAUUCAAGUUACAGUAAAUGCUUUAAGUCUAACUAUCAUCCGACAUGACAGUUAAUUAUGUUAACAUUAUUUUCUUACCAUUAGCUCAACGCUAAAACUAGCUAAAUGUUUGUCAACACAAAACUUUUGCUAAAAGCGCUUCAUUAGCUUUCUUCGCUGACGUUAGCUAACUAACGUUAGUCUUUGGGCAGCUUAGAGGCAGCUUAGCUUAGUUUAGCGUGAAAUCGACGUUAACUCCGCUCAGACAUACUUCGCUCAUGAAGAGGUCUUCCCCGUCGUCUUCAUCACUGUCUCGGCCUCCGACUUCUUCAGAGUCCAGCACAUCUUGGUCCUCGGAGUCGGGGAACGGAGGAGGACUGCGUUCCGAGCUGGUCGCCAUCUUCAAUCUUCUUAAACACACACAAGGGGAGGCGGCAACGUCAACUGCUCCCCUCUUCUGCUCUGCUUGCACCGCACCGACGUGUCUCCUUCAGCGGCUACCUCCGCUGCUCAUGCAAAGCACUACUGUGGCGGUAGUUCGCUCGCACUACUAAACCAAACAGAGGAGUGACUGGAGGCUCAGGACGUGCAAACCGCCGCUGUCUUUUUUACUUCCUGGUCCUCCUCCUUGUCAGGUUAGCUUCACUGUUAGCUUCACAGAAGGCUUGGCAGUCAUGAGACAGAUACAGCGGUUGAAACAAUAACGUGGACCUGGACAGGGAUUGCAGUUGUGUGUAGCUAAACUGCCCGCAGCUCACUGCCCAUAUUAGAGACGUCCGAUUUUUUUGGGUAUGUCUCGUCACGUGCAUUCCCGAGACGCUGAGGCGCGAGAGCCGCUUCUCACCGGUGACUAUCUGGAGCCGAACGAGCUGGACUCAGAUGAAGGUGAAACAAUUUUCGACAGGAGCGCAUCAAAUAUCACACGUGAUGUCGGUGGGAGUGCACAGAAAAAAUUAACAUAUGAGGAAGCAGUAGAUAUAGCAGGUUUUGGUUUGUUCCACUGGCUGCUGUUGGUGGUGUGUGGCUGGGCCAAUGCCAGCGAUGCCGUGGAGAUUCUCUGUGUGUCCUUUCUCCUGCCAACCGCACGCUGCGAUAUGCGGCUGAGCUCUUCAGACAUGGGCGUGCUGACUGCCAGCAUUUUCCUUGGAAUGAUGGUGGGCGGCUACAUGUGGGGAUACCUGGCUGACCAGAGGGGGCGUCGCAGGGUCUUGGUUGUGUCCCUGACGGUUAACGGGGUGUUUGGAGCUCUGGCCAGCGUGGCUCCGUGGUUCUGGCUCUUCCUGCUGCUGCGGUUCAUCAGCGGCAUCGGUGUCGGUGGGUCGAUCCCUGUUAUCUUCUCCUACUUCUCAGAAUUUAUGCCCUGUCAGAGGAGAGGUGCAAUGAUCAGCGCUCUGGCCACCUUCUGGAUGGCAGGAAACAUCCUGGCUGCAGGACUGGCUUGGUUGGUGAUUCCAAGAACCUGGGCCCAUUUUUCACUGGGCUCACUGGACUUUCAGAGCUGGAGACUGUUUGUGGUGCUCUGCUCUGUCCCCAGCCUCACCUCAGCCGUCCUCUUCAGGCUGCUCAUGCCUGAAAGCCCCAAGUUCCUCAUGGAGGCUGGCCGGGAGAAAGAGGCGAUCCGGGUCUUCCAAGUGAUAUUUGAGCUGAACAUGUGGGGAAAGGGACAGGAUUUCCCGGAAUUUGGUUUGUGCAACGGCUCCAAGCAAAGAGGGGAACUGGACAAGACCAGGACCUGGGGUUCACAUAGAGAGAGACUUGCCUGUAUUUUGAAAAAGGCUCUGGUUCCCAUUAAACAGAUGUUUAAUGAUUCGCUUAAAUCCAGGAGCUUUGCACUGCUCAUCAUCUUCUACUGCAUUUCCUUUGGUUACUACGGACUGUGGAUGUGGUUCCCAGAGCUGUUUGAGAGAAUUGAGGACGGCGGCUCGCCCUGUGCCAACGUGUCCCUGCUGCGGUCUCCACUCCACAACCAAGGCUGCUACCCGGUCAAGACAGCAGUGUAUAUGGAGGGCUUCAUCAUCGCUGCAUCAAACUUACCGGGAAACAUCUUCACUAUUCUUAUGAUGGACAGCAUGGGAGGAAAGGCUCUACUGUCCUGCAGCCUGCUGGUGUCCAGUCUGAGCGUCUUCCUCAUCUAUGUGGUCCAGACCAAAGCCCAGAGUCUGAUCCUCUCUUGCGUCUUCAGCGGCGUGUCAGUUAUCGCCUGGAAUGCCCUGGACGUGGUGGGAACGGAGCUCUACCCGACCCAGCUACGGUCCUCUGCUCUCGGUUUCUUCACAGGAGUGGGCCGAGUGGCAGCCAUCAUGGGUAACGUAGCCUUUGGAAAGUUGGUAGACACAAACUGUGCCGUCCCGGUCCUGCUGGUGUCAGCUCUGCUGCUCACCGGAGGACUGGUGGCUCUUCUGCUUCCACAAACCAGGCGGAUAGAGCUCACCUGAUGGCUUACAAUCUACAUCACAAUAUUUUAUAUAAUUACAGUAGUGGAAAACAUCCUCUUAAUUUCCUCAUGAAAGCAGACUGGAGGAUCUCUGAUCAUUUAUCUCCUGUUUUUGCUCCCAGAAGAUAUUUGAAUCCUGUGCCUUCUGUCAUCUCUCUGUGCCUUUGUACGGUGCCUCAUUUAAAAUGCCAAAGACAAGAAGAAAUUGUCAAAAGACAGCGGGGACUCCCAAUUUUCAAAGAAUUAUUAUUCCGGAAAGUAGAAUUGAGUCCUAUAGAUUGUGAGCUUGUGAUGAUUAAAACUCUUUCCAGGUGUGAGUCAAAGUAUGAAGGACACCUUUCAAAAGUUUGUCUUUAAACUCUACAAACAUCUUACUUUGUAUGUUGACCAUGAUUUCUAGAGUAUAAUAAGUGAUGCUGCUGGUUACUCAAACGUUUUGCUGUUAGAUAAAGAUAUUUCUAGAAAAGAAACACUGCACAUUCCACAUAUUGUGAACAUCUAUGCAUACAGUAGAUUGUAUACUUUUGUACCCAAUCUGUCAUUUUUCCUGCACAAACUGGACCACACCAGUUCAGCAUUCCUGUGGAAAACCAAAGAUUGCUAAUUUCAGAUUAGAAUCAUUUAAAAAAGGACUAAGUACAGGUGAACAAACCCUUAUACUGUAUGAGCUUGAGUUGCAAUAUUGUUGAUGGGCUCAUAUUCCCAUUGGUUGUUCUGUAAAGCUGUCUGUACUUUGUGGCUACUGAAGCAAGUUUGUUUAAACAAACACUACAUCUCUUCAUGUCAGCUGUGUGGGUUUUUGUGUAAUAUCACCUACACUCUCAUACAGCUCAGGUUUUACUGAACACCAGUGGUGGAGCUAGUAUUCAGUUCCUUUACUUAAAGUGCUCAUAUUAUG